CUUCAUAUCCACCUUCACUAUAAAUAUUUCUACAACCCCUUCAUUUUCAUUUCAAGUACACACCAAAAAUCUGAGCAGCAAAAAAAAAAUACAGUAAAGGCCAUGGACUGGUUUUCUUGGUUGUCCAAAACAGAGCUAGAGCCUUCUCUUGUGUAUGAAUAUGGCCUAGCUUUAGCUCAUAACGAGCUUGAAUACGACGACGUCGUUUACUUCAACCACGAAUUUCUCCAAAGCAUAGGCAUUUCGAUUGGCAAACACAGAUUAGAAAUUCUCAAACUUGCGAAGAAAGAAAAAGGAGCGAUCCCGAAUUCCAUGUCGAGAUUUCUCCAAGUAAUUAAACGCACAAAGAGGUGUUUCUCAAAGUAUAUAAGGAAUUGGGGUCAUAGCGAGGAAUUAGCACUUGCUUUAGUCCCAAAAAAGAUUAGCAGUUCCAGAUGGAAAAAUUCUAUGCUGAAGAGGAGGAGUACAAGGGUUGCUGCAGCUAAGCAGAAUACUCUGUUAAUCACAAAUGGGAGUCCCAAUUUCAUUUCAGAUUCAAGAAUGAACAGUUUCUCUAGUCCGACGGUUAAUGAUGAAAAAAUGGGAGAUGAUUAUUGGGCGUCGUGUGGAGUUGAAGCAAUCAGGUGGGAUACAAUGUUUCAAAAUCUAAAACCAACUUAAUUCUCUU